ACGACGUUUCAUGUCAUUUCUAAGUCAUUUGGCAUCAAAAUGAAAAUUUCAACUUUUUCGAUUUCUUUUGGUUGCCCCUUUAGAUGAUUUUUUCCGGUAAAAAACUGAACUUAAAUUUUGCACAGGUCAGUUGUUUUGACCAAUCUACAAAAUAUAUAUGGUCGGUUGUCGGAAUUUGACAUGACCCGUUUCGCUGCUCCUCUAAAUGCAGGUACCUACAAAAAAAAUACAAAAUCUGCACAGCCUUCAGUGGCAAAGUGUGACAAUCAAGCAUCACAAAUGCCAUUCGUCUCUAUGCAGUUACUUUAUUUUUUUCAGAGUCAAUUGUUGAUUGACAAAAGUACUGAUGUGCAAUCAGUAACCAAAAUACCAAACUAAGAGUUUUUCCAAUCGAUCAGUUUCUGAGGCGUAUACUUUCCGCCUCUACUUUUAUUCAUUUCCUCAAGCGUAUGCAAUAUCAGACCCAGUUGUGCACGCAACGAUAACUACCGAGAGCAUUGCUCGUGUGAAAAGUGCGGCCGAUCUGCAUUUGCUAUCGAAGCGUGGCCGUUGUCGCGUGUCACGCUUAUUUUACGCUUAGAAGCCGUUGAACUACUCCCCUGUGCUUAGGUAUACUUGGGUCAAAGCGGACUCGUGCGAUGCAAUAAAGACAUUUGGCAUAGCAGCGCUGGUAUUACUGAUCGAUAUUAUUCAAUAGGUUUAGCGAGUGAUUUCAUUGGAAGGUGUUGAUCUACUAUUGUCACUUGUGUUUUCACCGUUUGCUAGUGAAAUGUGGUCUUUCGCUAUAUAAGAACAUCUGUAUAAGGCUAGAUAAUUUAGUUGACUGUUGCUUUUCAAUAAUGACAGUUGGUAUUUGAGUUAUUUGAAUAAAAUUUUACCUACGAAUCAAAAGAACAUCAUGGCAUUGCAAGAACUGUUGUGUUUAACAAUCGCGUUGAUAAGUUUCCUUCCUCAAUCUAAGGCCGUCUCUAGCGAAGUGGAUUUUAGAUCUUUCGAUUUUGGGGAGGAAGAUCCCGAGUUUUUUGGUACUUACGAGAAGUCAUUCAAUAACCAUGAUUACUUCCCUUCGGAUUUUAAUCUGGGUAGCCUAGACUUGAUCGCGGCGGCACCCCGUCUGACCAAACUGGGUGGCUACGUGAAUCCUGAAGACGUUCAGGUUGCCACUAGGCAUAAGAGGAAAACAUCUUCCAGCGAAGAACAAGAUCGUGGUGCCGAUGAUUCGGAAGAUGCUGAAGAGGACGAAGAAGCUGGAAGUGAGGAAGAAAAAAGUGAAGGUGAUGGUAGUGUAGAUGAUUACUCCGAUCGUUAUGAACGUUUUGUAAAGAAACACUUUUCCGAUCAUGAAAAGCAACGGAAGAAGGAUGAUUCUAAGGAAGAUGGUGCCAGUUUUGAAUAUCGUUUCGAUUAUUCUCCAUCAGCGGAUUAUGAACGGAUUAAGCAGGAAUCAGAAGCCCAAAGUCGACAACUUGCCAAAGAUCCCAAAAACUGUAAAUCCUACGAAGAGAACGGCAUGAUUUGUCACGCGUGUCGAGAUCCCGCUACAGACACAACUUCUGAGUCUUGCUCCUAUGCAACUGUUCCUCAUCAUAAGAAGUUUGCUUAUGUAAAACAGAAAAAUUAUAACAGCAAAGAUCAAGAAAAAGACGACGAUGAUACCGAGGACGCCGUUGAAGAUCCUACGCAUGAAGCUGAUCGUAAUGCCGAUGAUACAGAAACUUACGAUGAGAAAUCCGAAAAAGAAGCCAUAAUCAGUACUCCUAAACCUCAAAUUAGAACAAGGGUAGUGCCUACCCCAAAAUCUGUCAUUCACACUAGACCAGGUGGUCCCACCACUCUGAGGACCACAGGUGGAGGUUAUCGGCAUCAACCAGUGAUCGAUAUCCGUUCUAACAGACAAAGAGCUACUCCAGCAACCACCACCACUACUGCAGUACCCAUCAGCGCUCAGCGGCGAAGCGAUCAAACCAGCCCUGCUGUUCAACAGGAUGCCGAUGGUUAUUACAAUUUUUACACUCAAUUUUUCCCACCAACAUCAACUGGAGAGUCCGCUUCUAAAAGUCAGAAACUUCGUCAACCACCAGCAUCAACCCGCCAGCAGCAAACUUCGGCCUCCAACAACGACGAUGUUUACGCACUGGGCAAUAACGAAGAUGUGACCAAAGUGCUGCAGGAAUUCCAGGGGCGUGAUUGGACUAACUGCACCAAAGGCGAAAAAGAUAAACUCACCUGCUAUACCUGCACCGAUAAGGCCGGAGUGAAGCAUGAA